GGUGUGAGUAGGAGAAGCGGACACGUCACAUGGACAGGUGGCAGCGUGGAGGUGUAUAAGUUGCAGGUUUGCCACUGUAUUUGAGGAAAGAAGGAGGGUAAUUUGGUAAUUGUGAAGGGGAGACCUAGGGUUUUUGGGGUAUAUUCAGUUGACAGAGUCGGUUGGAGUGAUAAAUGAAAUAAUUUGUUUCCAAAUUGGUGAGAGUGGUGCAUGCGAGGGUGUGUUGUAUUGUAGCUUGGUAGUUGUACUAGUACGGUACCGCACUGCCACUCUCUCGGUGAUUCGGUUACUUGUUUUCUGUUGCAUUCAUAUUUAGCCUCUUGGGUUGAUCCAUGGUAAUCAUGGAUCUCAAGGACAAGGAAUGGUCAUCUGAGAACGACAAGUGUUGUGCUCACUGCAAAACCACCAAGACCCCACUCUGGCGAGGAGGACCAGCUGGGCCCAAGACGCUGUGCAACGCUUGUGGAAUAAGGUAUCGGAAGAGAAGGGCUUCUUGUUGUACGGUGGGAAUGAACAGAGGAGAAGAGAGGAAGAGAGGGAGGGAAGAGAAUAGGGGGAGCAGCAGCAGUUCCGAUUUGAGGGAGUGUUUGAAGGUAAAGUUAGUGGCGUGGGGUGAGGAAGUUCUCUUCCACCCAUCACCAAAACAGAGGUUGAAGAAGUUAGGGGAAGAGGAACAAGCAGCUGUGUGUUUGAUGGCAUUGUCCUCUGGCUUUGUCUUCGCUUGAACCUCAAUCACGCCCAUUACCUUUACAAUUACAAACAAAGCAUUCCUUAAUUUAGCACAUUGAAGGUAACCUAAUUACUCAUCCACCUCAAUCCAUUUUCCUUGUCGUAUAGCUAACCUCUUUUUCUUUUGGCCUUGUGAAAUGAAUAUGUACCCUUAUUUAUGGGUAUUUUUCACUCUGUUCCUAUCUAGUUAGGGAGAAAAUCUCUUUUCUUUUACUUUUACUCCCUUCUGUUUAUAUCUGCUAAUAGGGCUAGUUAGUUUUUAAUGUAAGUAUUUCAGAUUUAUGGCUAAUUAUUAUUAUGAUACAAGUAAUCUUUGAUGUUGUUCCU